AUGUUGAGAGGCUUAGUUCUAGCUGUGUUUUGGGCGGUGUUGAUAUUAUGCUACACAGAUGUUGUCGGACACAAGGUUUUGAGCCUCUCUAGAGUUCUCUCUGAGGACCUCGAGGCGGAGGAGCUGGAACCGCUUAGAUCACGUGACCUACUGAGAUUUAGCACCACCUUACAUGGAAAAGGCACCCCAAAAUACUCACUUUUGGGAACCUUCCGCAAUCCCUACAUUGGAGGGUGUAGUACAUUUCAUUCUGGAAGAUUAACUCAAAAAAACCAAGCCAUUGAUGGCAUUUUGGGGCUUGGUUACCUAUAUCCAUCGGUUGUAAUGCAACUAUCAAUAGAGCGAGUGAUUCCUAAUGAAAUUUUCUCACACUGUUUGGGAGCAGACGGCAACAGUUCCCUGGUUCUGGGUGAAUUCGAUCACCGAGAUGCAGCGAUAGUGUAUACACCUCUCGUCCCAGAAACGAUGCACGACAAUCUAGAUCUCCGGAGCAUAACGGUCAAUGGAAAAGCAUUGCCCAUCAACCAUACUAUUUUCAAUACGUCGUCACGGGGACUCGGACGAGGAACCUUUGUAGACUCGGGGACAUCUCUAUCAUAUCUGGUUGCAGAAGCAUACGAUGCAUUUAUAGACGCAAUAAAUUCUGCAAUUGGAACAUAUCCUGCACCAAUAGUCUAUAACGGCAAAUUAUGUUAUAAAAUGUCAAGCAGCGAGUUAGACAGAUUUCCUCUGGUUGGCUUCAACUUCGCCGGUAAUGCCUCAAAGAUUUUGAAGCCAAAGGACUAUCUUCUUCGUUCCCGACCCCUUAUUGAUGGUGCUCCAUCACUGUGCAUUGGCUUCCACAAAAGUAUGGUACACAAUGUUACCAUCUUAGGCUAUCUUGUUUUAAAAGACAAGCUAAUAAUUUAUGAUAUAGCACACCAACAACUUGGAUGGUCGGAUUAUUUUAAUUGUUCUAUGAAUGGAUUGCACCGGAGUCAUGUUGGUCAGAUUGUUACCGGAAAUCAAUAUAUGUUGAUGGCGUAUCUAUUCUUUAUUAUAUUUAUCUAA